AUUGUAUUGACGGAGAUGUAUAGAUCAACGUGCAUACUGGAGUUGUACAGCUGGAAAGGAUACAAUAUAAAGCCAGUGUUUGCAAAUUCGCUGAAAUAUUAUGGUUAUCAGCUGCUGGCGUUGCUGCUGACGUUCACAGCGGCUCAGGUGACAAAAUACGCGACGGGUCGAUUACGUCCGCAUUUUUUGGACGUUUGUAAACCGGGUGUGGAUUUGGACGGGUGCCAGACGGAACAUAAAUUUUUGGAGUCGUACAAAUGUGGGGGCGGUGAUGAAGGGCUGAUACGGUCGGCAAGGAUGUCUUUUUUCAGUGGACACGCGUCGCUGUCACUUACUGCAGCCGUAUUCCUGGUGUUAAGUGUUUCAGAUCUAUGUGCAUUGCCGACUGCCCAGGAGGCAGAUUCUGAUUGUGGUGCGAUCGAUGGUUGA